AUGACUGUCCCUCUCGACGAUGGCCCAGAGAAGCCUCAGGCUAGAGCAGAGCCUAGUGUCCUUGACCGAAAGCGCCCUGUCGGCCGAUUUCCCGUCAGCUUUUCUGCCAACCUGGGUCGAAACACCUCUUGCUAUAUUUCCAAGGAAGAAUCUGCUUCUGGAACCGACCAAACCGUCCCUCCUCUUCCCGAGAGCAAGAGCAUUAUCCAUCGCAAACGAGACGUCAUUGCUGGCAUUCAUCCUCCCCUUCCUACAUCUCGUCACCGUCAGGCCUCCGCUGCUUCGUCCGUCAAGGCUAUGGUCGCAAAAUUUGAGGGCGCCGGCGAGACCCCCGAGAAAAUCGCCGCUGACAGCAUGGCUGACUGUGAUCACACCCCGUCCUCGCCCAUCGUCGACAAGGGCAAGGGUAAGUCGGUCGAUGCUUCCAUCGAUACCAGCACGACCGUCUCAUCCAUGGCCGUCGGUCAGGCUUCUCAGCCUAUCCAGCAAAAGAGCUUGAACGCCGACGAGGAUGAGUUGGAUCUCCUCAAAAUGCAGGAGUUCUACAAAACCCAGCCAUUGGCCCGUUGCCUCGACGACUACGUCCCUCCCAAGCGCAACGAUGAGAAGGUUGACGUUCUUCCCAUCGAGCAAGACGAGGGAAAGUCAAUGUUGAAGGCUGCCAAGCUCGAGCUUCACAACAAGCUUGUUGAUUUGCACGAGACGUUCGAGGAGCGUCACCCCACUGCCAAGCAGGAGCGCCUGCAGAAAGAGGCGGUCGCUGAGGCCCUCAAAAUCGGACAGUCUUCCAAAAGUGCUAUCUCGAGUACCGCGUCCGACGCCAGCACCAAAGCUUCGCGUCGAGCUGAUAAGAAGGCACAGAAGAAGGCCGACAAAAAAGCGCAGAAAGUCGCUAAGCGUGAGAACGUCUGCGACAAGGGCGACGACGACGGAGCCGACAUCACUAUCGACAAAAGCAUCAACGACGAUGAUGGCACCAUGACCCUCGAUGAGUCUCGCGAGGUAGUUGUCUCGUCUUCGUCCCAGGGUGCUUCGAAGCCCCUUGCACAGUCAGGCGCCAAUGGAGAGUCCUUUGCUUUCAUCCAGAGAGACCCCGAGGAGAUCUCCGACACUGAGUCUGUCAAGGCUAGUAAGGCUGCGGCGAAGCUCAAAGAGAAAGAGGACGCGAACCGACGCGCGCAUGAGGUCGUCAACGCCGCUCAUGCAAAGGACGAGAUCGUUCAUCUUGAGAAUACGAAGCCUAUUCGGGACCAGAUCUCGACGGAUAUCAAGAAGUCCGACAUCGUCCCUGGCUUUGGCAAGAACAAGGCGUCCGCUCCUGCUUUCGACGAGGAGGCUUACGCCGCGCGCUCCAUUGCUUGCCACACUAUGAAGCCAGCGCCGCUUCGCAUUCCUUCUCGCACAAAACAGCUCACGGCCGAUGAUUCAAAGAACGAUACGAAGGGUUCUUCUGGUGUCGUCAACUUCAGUAGACCCCAGAGCCGACAGGAGAAGGAGCCCUCCGCUCAGACCUCCGCUCAGCCCGCCGGCAAGAAGAAGUUAUCCUCCCGCGCUGAACUCAACGCCUUCUUCGGAACCAAGGACAAGCCCGGUCCGUACAUCGUCUACGAGCAGGAACUUCUGGCUCGCCAGGUACGCCGAGCCCAGGCUGCCGAGGCCGCAGAGGCCGCAGAGGCCGCAAAGGUCGCAGAGGCCGCAAAGGCUGCCCAGUCCGCCAAAGCCCCAGAGCGCCUGAGCUUCACCGCGGACGAUUACCAGUCCCUCAUCCAGGACGACUACGAUCAGCUAGUCAAGGAUUCUCCCGUGAAGAACAAGAAGCCCGUCGCCCAAACGACCACCAACCUCGCCCUUGCGCCCGGCGACACCUCCAAGAUCGUCUCGCAGACCGUCAACUUCAACGGUCAGUUCCCUCAGCCCCAGCCGCUCGCCGGAACUCGUAGCUACGGCCACAGCGGUCCGGCCUUCCCGCCUACCCCGGCCUCCAACCACCGCCCCAAGACGACGGACGACAAGUGGGAGGAGCUGGACGACUUCUUCGCCGAGGAGAACGACGACCUCUACCAGGCUCCCGGCAGCGCCGUCACGCCCACCCUCUCCGGCCCUCAGCAGCAGCCUUGGGACGACCCGGCCUACCACGAGGAGGCCCUCGCCUACGGCUACGCUCACCUUCAGCGCAACCACCACCCUCUCCCCGACGGCGUGGACCCCGUUCCCCUGACGCACGACCAGCGCCGUAAAGUCCUCGCCGCCUAUGGCAUGACCGAGUCCGAGUACCCCGCCCCUCCCGCGGGCUACCCCGUCCCAGCCGGCACCGACGGCGUCGCCGCUCCUCCCUGCCCGACCCGUCCUGCCCCCACGGUCCCUGGCGCCCGCACCAGCACCAGCACCGCCGGCACUGGAGGAGGCAGCACCGGCCAGGUCCAGAGCCUUCGCCGCGCCCCUCGUCGCUUCCAGCGCGCCGCCACGGCUCCUCCUGCCCCGGAGAGCCCGGCUCCCGGCUACGACGCAGACUGGUUCUAG